AUGAAAGGCUUCCUUAGCCUAACACUGCUCCCGUUGUUGGCAGCUGCCUCGCCCGUAGCGGUUGGCUCUAUCCACAAUGAUGCCGCUCCUAUUCUCUCCUCUGUGAACGCCAAGGACAUCCCCGAUUCCUAUAUUGUAGUUUUCAAGAAGCAUGUCGACCCAAACUCUGCUCUCGCUCACCAGAGCUGGGUGCAGGACAUUCACACCGCUCAGCACGGUCGAAUGGAGUUGAAGAAGCGUUCGCUCUUGGACUUCGACUUUGAGGCUUUCAUGGGCCUGAAGCACACUUUCCACAUUGCUGGAUCGCUCAUGGGAUAUGCUGGUCACUUCCAUGAGGAUGUCAUCGAGCAAGUCCGCCGUCACCCCGAUGUCGAAUAUAUCGAGAAGGACUCCGAAGUCCAUCACAUGGAGAGUCCCAGCGUGGAGAAGAACGCCCCUUGGGGUCUGGCUCGUAUCUCUCACCGUGAGAGCCUCUCCUUCGGCAACUUCAACAAGUACCUCUAUGCCGAGGAGGGUGGCGAGGGUGUCGAUGCCUAUGUCAUUGACACUGGUACCAACGUAGACCACGUUGACUUCGAGGGCCGUGCGACCUGGGGAAAGACCAUCCCUCAGGGCGAUGCCGAUGAGGAUGGAAAUGGACACGGAACUCACUGCUCUGGCACUAUUGCUGGCAAGAAGCACGGUGUCGCCAAGAAGGCCAAUGUCUACGCUGUCAAGGUUCUCCGCUCCAAUGGCUCGGGCACUAUGUCCGAUGUCGUCAAGGGUGUUGAGUGGGCAGCUGAAGCACACAUUAAGAAGUCCAAGAAGGGUGACAAGAAGUUCAAGGGUAGCGUUGCCAACAUGUCUCUUGGCGGUGGUACCUCCCGCACUCUGGACCUCGCUGUCAAUGCCGCUGUUGAUGCUGGCAUUCACUUCGCCGUCGCUGCUGGUAACGACAACGCUGAUGCCUGCAACUACUCCCCGGCUGCCGCCGAGAAGGCUGUCACCGUUGGCGCUUCCACUCUGGCCGAUGAGCGUGCUUACUUCUCCAACUUCGGCAAGUGCACUGACAUCUUUGCCCCUGGCCUGAACAUUCUCUCCACCUGGAUUGGCAGCAAGUAUGCCACCAACACUAUCUCUGGUACUUCCAUGGCCUCUCCUCACAUUGCUGGUCUGCUGGCCUACUACGUCUCCCUGGCACCCGCCAAGGACUCUGCCUUUGCCGUCGCCGAUGUCACUCCUAAGCAGCUGAAGGCUGCUCUCAUCAGCGUUGCCACCCAAGGCACACUUACUGACAUUCCUGCUGACACCCCCAACCUUCUGGCCUGGAACGGUGGUGGUUCAUCCAAUUACACUCAGAUCCUCGCUGGUGGUGGCUACAAGGCCCACGGUGCCGAGCCCACUGUCGAGGAGCGCAUUGGCGACAUCCUGAAGAAGGGUGAGGAGGCUGUCCACAGAGAGAUUGGCGCUAUCUACAGCGAGAUCAAGGGAGCUGUCUCUGCAUAG